AUGGAGGCUUACUUUGGAAUGAACAACACCCAGAAUCGCUUUUUUGCUGACGCUAUCAAUCCUGUCUCCAAGAAGAGUAGCUAUGACGAUAUUAUUCUCUUACCUUUGGUUGUCCUAGGCUCCCUGUACGUCUUCAACAAAGGAAGCCUUUUGCCCAGGAGAGACCCAUUUCGCUACAAGUGGUUUGAGAAACCACAACUGCACCGAACGCAAAAUCUCGUUAAUAAGAAGAAGACACGCAACAUUUCGGAAAAGAUCGAAGAGCUUCGAUCUGAUAUUGUCAUAUUUUGGGGCUCCCAGUCCGGCACCGCAGAGGCCUUUGCCCACCGCCUUGCUCGAGACUUCCACCAAAGAUUCAAGCUCAACGCUCUAGUAGCGGACCUGUCCGACUAUGACCCAGAGACCGUUUCGCUUAUCCCGGGGUCCAAGUUGGCUGUGUUCAUCAUGUCGACCUACGGCGAGGGCGACCCGAGCGACAAUGCUCAAGACUUUGUCAACUGGGCUGUCGCAGCCACCGGUGUCUCCCUCGCCCACCUCAACUACGCCGCUUUCGGGUGCGGCAACAGCAAUUACCGCUUAUACAACAAAGUCAUCGAUGAUGUCGCCGUUGCCUUGUCCAAAUUCAGUGCCAUCGCGGUUUUGCCCACUGGCAAAGGCAAUGAAGCUACCCGAACGACAGAGGAAGACUUUAUGGACUGGAAAGAGAGCCUUUUCAAGAUUCUGGUCUCCAAUUUCGACUACAAGGAGCAUGAAAUAGCAUACGGGCCCAGCGUAGGCAUCGUUCAUAGCGAUAGCAAUGACUUGCAUGUUGGCGAGCCGUUUCACAAACCGCACUCUAGAAAAGCGACCACACUCCAAUCUCCUAUUGCUUUCCUUCCGGUCAAGAACAAGCGAGAACUCGCGAGAUACGAUCAGCGAGGCCGCAGUUGCAUUGAUCUCGAAGUGGAUCUCACUGCCCGCCCCGAAAUCAAGUACAAGACUGGGGAUCACAUCGCUAUCUGGCCCGUGAACCCAGAUGAGGAAAUUGGCAUUCUUAUUCGCAGUCUCGGACUCCAGUCUCGGCAAACGGAAGCUAUCUGCGUUGUUCCCCAGUCGGCAGACGAGGAGCCAAAGGUUCCCAGCCCGACAACGGUGCAGGCUUUGUUCCGGCAUUAUCUGGAGAUCUGCGCCGCAGUUCCUCGCGAGACAGUUUUAUCGUUGGCUCAAUUCGCACCCAGUCAAAUGGUAAAGACGGAGCUGAUGACAAUCGGUAACGACAGGGAGGUUUACUCCAAGUUUCUCGAAGCAAACCAUUUGACCCUGGCCCGACUUCUCGAGUACACCAUCGCCGUCGAUCCGGCGGUCACAUGGGCUGGUCUACCACUCACAUUUAUCAUCGACUUCCUGCCUGCCAUGCAGCCACGUCUCUAUUCUAUCUCUACUUCACGGAUCACAUCGCCCCGGAGUGUGGGCCUGACUGUGUCAGUCAAGCCGUCGCAGUUACUUGCGAAUCAAGAUGUCACCAUUCCUGGACUCACGAGCACAUUCUUAUGUGGAAUCCAACCUAAAAACCCUUCUUCGUCAGAGAAGACAUCAAUGCACUCAUGCUGUGUUCAUGCUCAGAUUCGUGGCUCAACAUUUAAGCUACCGUUCCUUUCAUCCGUCCCUCUGAUCAUGGUGGCAGCCGGUACUGGGGUUGCCCCCUUCCGCGCAUUCAUCCAAGAGCGUGCUAGACUUGCUUCAGUAGGCAAGGAUGUCGGCCGAAUGAUGUUGUUUUUUGGAUGUCAGAACGAGAGCGACUAUCUCUACCGUGACGAGUUUGCCGGGUGGAUGACCGGACCUCUCGCCAACAAGCUAGAGAUCGUAACAGCAUUUUCAAGAGCAGGCAGUGAGAAGUGCUACGUUCAGAACAAAGUGGAAGCAAGAGGUAAUGAUGUUGGGAGAAUGCUGCUGGAAGAUGAUGCCGCUUUCUACAUCUGCGGUGCAGCGAACAUGGCGAAAGCUGUUGGCAUGGCGGUCCAGAGCGUUUUGAAACAAGAGAAUGGCUGGGAAGCAUCACAGGUGGAGAGCUGGAGACAGAACAGGAAGAAGUCCAAGAGAUGGUUUGAGGAUGUUUGGAGUUAG